AUGAUGAUAAUAAUAUUUAUAGAAUUGUGUAGAAUUGCAGAUUCCCUUUCAUGGAUUCCUAAAUCCUUGAGGAGAACUUCUAGUACAUUCUACAUACCUAAUAUUAUUGCCUUAUUAAAAAUGGAAUCCCAACAAUUAUCUCAAAAUUCACCCACUUUUCAAAAACACACGCCGAUUGGUCAUAUUAAUCAUGACCAAUAUAAUAGUGAUUCCGGUAGUUACUAUACAUUGAUGUGA